AUGGAGGCUGUCAAGCGAUUCUUCUCCUCCCCACGCUUCGCCGUCGCGGGCGCCAGCAACGACCCGGCCAAAUUUGGAUAUAAAAUCCUCGCCUGGUACCACCAGCACUCACUGCCGGUGACUCCCUUGAACCCACGCGCUGCGCAGAUCACUCUCCCCUCCCGUGCGUACGACACCGUCUCCUCGCCGAGCAAGCUGGCCUCGCCCACCCAGACCUCUCUGUCCGUGGUCACGCCUCCUCCCGUCACCCUUCAGGUCCUGCAGGAAGCGCAUUCCGUCGGCAUCCCAGCGGUGUGGCUGCAACCCGGUACCUUUGACGACCGGGUGCUGGAAUACGCCCGAGGGCACUUUUCAGCAGUCAUUGCGGGCGACGGAGGCGCCGGCAGUGAAGGGUGGUGCGUACUGGUGGAUGGAGAGGAGGGAUUGGAAGCGGUUGGAGUGCAGUGGACUAGCCAGCGACUGUGA